AAGAUAUCCAUCACAUUUACAUUGAAGCCUCCCGCCUCAGAUCAAGCCCUAACAAUUUCUUUCUUCAAUCCCAAUCUGCAAUCCUUACAGCUACAUCCGAGAAAGUUCCGGCGAACGGAGGAUGGCUUCCGACUCAUCUCCGGUCAAUGCUCGCGGCGGUCCAUCUACACCAGAAGAUUCCAUUUCAAGUCCAAUUGGCAACACUUACUCUUCUCCCGGCGACUCUGCUCGCCGGAAGCGUGGCCGCCGCUCGGCCUCAUCGACACCAGUAGCACCGUCAAAUCGGCGAUUCACAACUCCUGAGGCUACACCAACACCGUCGAGUACUAAUCCUCGCCGAGGCGGAAGAAGAGCAUCCUCCAACACCCCUACUAGUGCCGCUACUCCAUCCUAUGCCUCUGAUGUUCCGCCUUCCUCAGAAGGCGGGGAAGGUGAUGAUGCCGAUGAUACCCCACCUAUGUAUGUGUGGGGCACAAACAUCAGCGUGCAAGAUGUAAACGCUGCAAUUCUUAGGUUUUUGAGGAAUUUCCGGGAGGAUCCUUCUCAAACUGAGGGGAAAUACAUGAGGGCAGUUCAUAAUGUAAUUGAAAUGGAAGGCGACUCACUCGAUGUUGAUGCGCAUGAUGUGUUCGACUAUGAUGGUGAUUUGUAUACCAAAAUGGUCAGAUUCCCACUUGAGGUUCUAGCAAUUUUUGAUAUUGUCUUAAUGGACAUGGUUAGCAGAAUUAACCCACUAUUUGAGAAGCACAUACAAGCUAGAAUUUUCAAUCUUAAGACGUCCACUUCAAUGAGAAAUCUCAAUCCAUCUGAUAUUGAGAAGAUGGUGUCACUCAAAGGGAUGAUUAUCCGUUGUAGUGCAAUUAUUCCAGAGAUAAGAGAAGCAAUAUUUAGAUGUCUUGUUUGUGGAUAUUACUCUGACCCAAUUGUUGUAGACAGAGGAAGAAUUAGUGAGCCGACAAUAUGCAGCAAGCAAGAAUGUCUGGCAAGGAACUCAAUGACUCUGGUUCACAAUAGAUGCAGGUUUGCUGAUAAACAAAUUGUGAGAGUUCAAGAAACACCAGAUGAGAUCCCUGAGGGAGGAACACCUCACACGGUAAGCUUGUUGAUGCAUGACAAGCUGGUGGAUGUGGGGAAGCCAGGUGACAGAGUUGAAGUCACUGGAAUUUAUAGGGCUAUGAGUGUCAGAAUCGGGUCAGCACAUAGGACUGUAAAAUCAUUGUUCAAGACUUACAUUGAUUGUCUUCAUCUUAAGAAGACUGACAAGUCAAGAAUGCAUGCAGAGGAUCCAAUGGAAAUUGAAAAUGGUGUUGUUGGAAAUGAUGAGCCUCUUGAUCAUGAAGAAAAGGUGGAGAAAUUAAAAGAACUAUCUAAACAGCCUGAUAUCUAUGAAAGGCUGACCAAGUCCUUGGCACCAAACAUAUGGGAGUUGGAUGAUGUAAAGAAAGGCCUUCUUUGCCAGCUCUUUGGCGGAAAUGCAUUGACCUUGCCGUCUGGGGCAAGCUUCCGUGGUGAUAUCAACAUUCUUCUUGUUGGUGAUCCGGGGACCAGCAAAUCACAACUGCUCCAAUAUAUUCACAAACUGUCUCCUCGUGGUAUAUACACAAGUGGACGAGGAAGUUCAGCUGUGGGGUUGACUGCUUAUGUAGCCAAAGAUCCCGAGACUGGUGAAACUGUCCUUGAGAGUGGUGCCCUGGUCCUGAGUGACAGAGGGAUCUGCUGUAUCGAUGAGUUUGACAAAAUGUCUGACAGUGCCAGGAGCAUGUUACAUGAGGUGAUGGAGCAACAAACUGUUUCAAUUGCAAAGGCUGGAAUUAUCGCUUCGCUUAAUGCUAGAACUUCAGUAUUGGCAUGUGCAAAUCCAAUUGGCUCCCGUUACAAUCCCCGAUUAUCUGUCAUUGAUAAUAUACACCUUCCACCUACCCUUCUGUCUAGGUUUGAUUUGAUAUAUUUAAUUCUAGACAAAGCGGAUGAGCAGACCGAUAGGCGCCUUGCAAAGCACAUAGUUGCUUUACACUUUGAGAAUCCUGAGAACUCUGAGCAAGAAGUGAUUGACCUUCCAACAUUAGCUUCAUACUUGAGCUAUGCUCGAAAACAUAUACAUCCACAAUUAUCUGAUGAAGCAGCUGAAGAAUUGACUAGAGGUUAUGUGGAGAUGAGAAGAAGAGGGAAUUUCCCCGGCAGCAGUAAAAAGGUGAUUACAGCCACACCAAGGCAGCUAGAGAGUUUAAUACGUCUAGGUGAAGGUCUUGCUCGGAUUCGUUUUUCAGAAAAGGUGGAGAAAAGAGAUGUAGUGGAGGCUUUUCGACUUCUAGAAGUUGCAUUGCAGCAGUCUGCAACUGACCAUGCUACUGGAACCAUUGACAUGGAUCUCAUCACAACUGGAGUAUCUGCAAGUGAAAGGAUGAGAAGGGAGAAUUUGGUGUCAACCACCCGCAACAUAAUUAUGGAGAAGAUGCAGCUUGGGGGACCAUCAACUCGUUUGCUAGAGUUACUGGAAGACGUCAAGAAGCAAAGUUCUGGUGGUGAAGUCCACCUAGCAGAUCUGCGAAAUGCACUGGCUACCCUCGCAACCGAAGGACUGGUUGUUGUUCAUGGAGACACUGUGAAGAGAAUAUGAUGAGUGCUCAGGAAACUUAGGUUGAUAUGCACAUUGGCAUUAUUUGCUAGAGCACUCGCAAGCUCUUGGCCAUAUCCGCGGUCUACUUCACUGUGCCCUUUGAAACAGUUAGCCAUAUUGUAAGAGCAACGUGUAUGACUUUGCAAUGUAGUGUUUUUGUCUUUGAACUUGAUCUUUAAUUAAAGAGCUUGGGUUAAGUUGAAACCUGAGUCUGUAUAUUAGAAAUUAGAUUAUAGGUUACGUGCACAACAUCGCUGGUUUUGGCGUAUAAGUGUUGAGAGCUGACGAAAAACAUUUCAUUCAUAGGUUUCUUUAAACUUGUCUCCAAUU